UUCAUUAACGGCUGAUUUACACUCAUUGUGUUUCUCCUGUGUUUGCUUUGUAGGACACUGUUCUGUAGGGAGCAGAAGCCCAGAGGAGAGCUAGUGUACUACAGUGACGUCCACCUGCUGACGCUGUGGGAUGGCGGUAAACGUUUACUCCACGUCUAUGACCAUCGAGAACCUGAGCAGACAUGACAUGCUGGCCUGGGUCAACGACUCUCUGCACUUCAGCUACACCAAGAUCGAGCAGCUGUGCUCAGGUGCGGCGUACUGUCAGUUCAUGGACAUGCUGUUCCCCGGCUGUAUCCUGCUGAAGAGGGUCAAGUUCCAGGCCAAACUGGAGCACGAGUACAUCCACAACUUCAAAGUGCUGCAGACGGCCUUCAAGAGGAUGAACGUGGACAAGAUCAUUCCUGUGGAGAGGCUCGUCAAGGGCAAGUUUCAGGACAACUUCGAGUUCCUUCAGUGGUUUAAGAAGUUCUUCGACGCCAACUACGACGGGAAAGAGUACGAUCCUCAGUUAGCACGACAGAGCCACGACGCCACGCCUCCAGCACACAACCCAGGUGAAGUCACCCCCCACCAGAGAGCAGCAGGACCCCAGCGGACGUCACCGACAAAUCCCAAAACCAUGCCUGCCCCCCCACGUACCAUAAGCUCCUCCCCUUCCACCGGAACACGGCGGAACAUGCCAAUGUCACGGAACGGAGGCGGAGACGCCGAGAUCAUGGAGCUCAACCAGCAGCUGAUGGACCUGAAACUGACGGUGGAUGGUUUGGAGAAAGAGAGAGACUUUUACUUCGGUAAACUGCGAGACAUCGAGCUGAUCUGUCAGGAGAACGAGUGCGACAGCAACCCUGUGCUCGGGAAAAUCCUGGAGGUGCUCUACGCCACAGAGGAUGGUUUCGCUCCUCCGGAGGACGAGGACAUUGAUGAACAGCCACAGGACCCGGAUGAAUACUGAUCCUCCUCUCUCUCUCUCUCUGUCUCUCUCGUCAUGUCAUCCUUCUUUCUUUCUCUCCCUCUCUUUCACUCCAUCCCCCACCAGCAGAAACUAGGGGCGUGGUCUAAUAGAGUGAGUAGGGGCGUGUCUAUGCUAAUGAGGUCUGAAUUGAUGCGGUGAAGCUGAUGUUUUAUUGGCUGUGGGUUUAAUGACGAAUACUGACGACUCGAUGAUGAUGAGGCAGUGACACUUUCACACACACACACACACACACACACACACACACACACACACACACACACACUGAUGUAGAGACACACACAGCCAAGGUUAUCAACUAAAAUUUGUUUUUUGAUUUGGCCUCCAAUCAGCUAAUUUAUUAGAGCUUGACGAGUAUGUAAGUCAUUUGUUUUAUUUGCGUUUAUCUUUAGAGGGGUUUUACUGUAGUUGCAGUGAAUAAAGUGGUACUAAGGAUCGAAUCCCAGACAAAGCGCAGGUUAAAUCAGCAUCAAAUCAACAUGAAGCCUGUUCACUUUCUUAUUCUGUGUGUCUGGUCUCAUAUAUUCUCCAUCAGACCAGAAACACGUGUCAGGACACUAAACCGAGCCUUCGAGCUGAUUAUAAUCAGUACUGAUAGUGCAGGUGUGAGAGUUUUAUUUAUUUAGGAUUGAAAUGAAUGAACACAAACGGCUAACUUUGAAUGAAAAAUGCUAUAAAUUCAUAAGGUGAAAAGAGACUCGGCCGUUACUAACGUUUAACUGACUGAUGAUAUGAAACAGAGUUUUCUAGCUGCUAUAUUUUAAUUUAACAUUUCAGUCUCAAGUCUUUUUUAUUUGAUUGAUGGGUCGGUUUUGUUUGACAGGCCUGUGUCAUUAACCCUUUCACCCCUCAUCAAACAUGCAUCCAUGUGGAGUUUUACCAUGUAAAAUAAACAGUGUGUGAGGAAUGAA